AUGUUGCUAUCAGAUGUUAAGGCCAUACCAUCUCCCAUUCAGAAUCAGGCGAAUAUAGGAAUGAAUAUUCGGGACCUUCAGGGACUGCAAAGAGUUUCGGGAUCUCAAGUAUCACCUGAUGGGCAAUUUGCUGUUUAUUCUGUGAAACAAUGGGAUUCCAAAACUGGAAAGACAACUUCAAACAUUGAUAUUGUAACCAUCGCCACUGGAGAGGUCAGAAGAUUGACCAACAAGUUUGGUGUAUCUGAUUACUCUCCCAAAUUUACACCUGAUAGUCAGUUCGUUUUGUUUUUAAGCUCUGGUAGAGGAAGCACAAAUGGACCUCAAAUCUACUCCAUUCCAGUGAAAGGAAGUGAGUCACAGAUUUCACUCGUGUCAAAUUAUGACAUUCCUGUUGAAUCUUUUAAAGUUAGCAAAUCUUUGAAAUCCAAUUUGUUUUACAUUGCAUUCAGUGCUCAAGUUUAUUUGAAUUGCAAUGACAGGUCUUCUCUCUUGGCAUGUUCAAAGAAAAUGAAUGAUGAAUGGGAUAACAAGGGUUCUAAUACUGGAUAUGUUUAUGACAAGUUGUUUGUCAGACAUUGGGAUGCAUACAGGAUUCCAGAAAAGGUGUCCCACGUGUUUUUACAAAAAGUUGCAAUUGGAUCUGACUCUUUGAAACUUGUGGCCACGCCAUUUGAUACCAUGUUUGGAAUGAAUGGUAACUGUCCAAUUGGCCCAUUUGGAGGAGAUGAACAGUAUGACAUCUCCACAACUGGAACUUAUAUUGCUCUAAAUAUUGAAGUCAACGAUCAUGCAGUUUCAUGGACCACUGGUUGGAAAAUGUUUGUUACGACUGUUAACAACUGGUAUUCAGAUGUAAAUUCACCAAUUACCUCUAAUGCUCUCAAGUUAAUUACAUCGUUUACAGCAGCCAGAACUCAAAAUCCAUUGUUUUCUCCAUUCCAAGAUGAACUUCUUUCAUACCUUGCAAUGAAUACUCCAGGAUAUGAAAGUGAUAAUCUUCACUUGAAUCUGUAUAACUUGUUGACAGAUAGAACCAAUGACACUGUUUUCAAUUUUGAUAGAUCGAUCAGUGAACAUGUUUGGUUUGAUGCUAAGCGAGUAAUUAUUUCAUGUGCAAAUGAUGCUACUCAUGCAUUGUUUUUGGUCGAUUUAGCUACCGGUUUCCGUAAAACACUCACUAUGGAGGGCCACAGCGCAGGAUUACAAGUUGUCGUUCCUGGAGAAUCUAUUGUUUAUUCGUAUGACAGUUUUGUUGCCCCAGUAGACCAGUAUUAUAUGAAAAUCACCAACGUGGAUCUUCCGCCAAGUCGAAAACUCACCAACUACAAUCAUGAAUUUUUGACCAAGUUUCCUCGAGUGGUUCCCAGAAAAGAUUACUUUAUUGGAGCCAAAGGAGAAAAGGUUCAAGCAUGGAUUUUCACACCUUUAAAUUAUGAUUCUCAACACAAGUAUCCAACAGUCAACAUUAUUCACGGUGGUCCAGAAUCUGCAAUUGAGGACGCAUGGUCUUACCGAUGGAAUCCUCAAUUAUUUGUAGCCCAAGGUUAUGCUGCAAUCAUUAUUAAUUUCCAUGGAUCUGAUGGAUUUGGUCUGGAUUUCAAGAAAUCGAUUAUCAAUAAUUGGGGCAGCCUUCCCUAUGAGGACAUAACAAAUGGAACUGAUAUUUUGGCCUCCAGAUACAACUUUAUAGAUCCAGAUAGAAUUUGUGCCUUGGGAGCAUCAUAUGGAGGCUUUUCUAUCAACUGGCUUUUAGGUCACAACGAAAAUCGCAGAUAUAAAUGUUUUGUAACACAUGACGGAUUAUCAGAGCUUGUGUCAGCAUAUUAUAGCACAGACGAGCUGUGGUUCCCAGAAAUGGAAUUCCAAGGUACCCCUUUUACUCAUCCAGAAAAUUAUCAAAAAUUCAAUCCAAUCAACUACGUGACAAAGUGGAAAACUCCAACACUGGUUAUUCAUGGUGGUAAAGAUUUUCGAUUACCCAUUGCCCAAGGUUUAUCUGUCUUUACAGCUCUUCAACGUCAAGGGGUCCCUUCCAAAAUGAUUGUCUUCCCAGAAGAAAAUCACUGGGUUUUGAAACCUGCCAAUAGUAUUUUGUGGUAUGACACAGUAUUAGACUGGAUUAAGCAGUGGAUUGGAAAUUAA